AUAAGUUUUCUGGUGAUGUUGCUGACUUUUUUUUUUUGACAGAUUCCGAUUUCUCUCCUUCACGGUGUUCUGAAAGUUGGAACUGGGUGAAUGAGUCAAUACCAUACAAUGUCUUACAGAGGUUGUAACUUCAUCACAAGCUCCCAACGUUCACUUGCGAGUUUGAACUUUUUAUAGCCGUUAUAGACACCCGUCCAUUCCCCACUCUCUGCAUUUAAAAUUUUCAACGCCGCCCUGCUCCACCACCUUCAGAAGCCAUCAAUCUCUGCCCGCCUCAAGACACAAUCUCCAUCUCCAUCCAAGACCAGCAGCCGCCGGCGAGUUCGACCAGCAGCGUCCCAUGGCCCUCCGCGCGCUCGACAACACACUGCCCGCCGCCGUGGAGGAGCGCCCCAAGAAGGUCCCCAAGCUGGCCGCCGCCCCCGUCCCCGCCGUCCAGGCCGCCUCUCCCGGGAGCGGCAAGAAGAAGAAGAAUGACGAGAACUCGGCGCCCAGGGCCACAGCCGCAGCAGGGGAGCAGGCCGUGGAGUACAUCCCGUCGGAGGAGUUAGAGGCGGCGACAAACCCCAAGGCCAAGGCCGCGGGAUUGGUUGCGGAGCUGGACUCCAAGGACUGGGUCAGGACCUGCGAGGCGCUGAACGACACGCGCCGCCUCGCGAUCCACCAUUCCGCCCUCCUGAACCCGAUUCUGGUGAAGGUGAUGCUGGCGAUCGUGAAGACGAUGAAGAACCCGCGCAGCGCGGUGUUGAAGACGUCCAUAAUGGCCUGCACCGACAUAUUCUACUCGUUGGGCAACCUCCUGUCCUCCGCCUCCGACGAGGCCUUCGACAAGCUGCUGCUCCAGCUCCUGCUGAAAGCGUCCCAGGACAAGCGGUUCGUGUGCGAGGAGGCCGAGAAGGCAAUGCGCGCGAUGGCGGCAUCGAUGCCUCCCCUUCCCCUGCUCAAGAAGCUCAAGGCGUACGUCCACCACGCCAACCUCAGGGUCAGGGCCAAGGCCGCCGUCGCCAUCUCCCACUGCGCCUCCAGGAUGGACAUUGAGGCGAUGAAGGAGUUCGGGAUGUCGGCGCUACUGAAGGUCGCGGCGGAUCUGCUGAACGACCGGCUGCCAGAGGCACGCGAGGCCGCCCGGAGCGUGGUGGGCUCGAUGCACUCCGCCUUCGCCAAGGAGGCCGCGGCGAGGGAGGAGGACGGGCCCGCCGUGGCCGCGUCCUGGGAGAGCCUCUGCUCGCUCAGCUUGCCGCCCAUGUCCGCGCAGGCCGUCGCCAAGAUCGCCUCUUCGCAGUUGAUUGCUUCAAGGGAUCAGAAUCCUCGUCUUCUUUAUCCGUCCACGUCUGCGUCACGCAGCAUUCGGCUACCGCUGCUUGCGCAGUUGAACGGUGGGCGUGCUGUGGGAUCGAUGGACGGCAGCAAGAACGUCGAGCGGCCGCACGGCGCUGCCGCCGAGGAGGAUCCUGGCCGUCACGGUGCUCCGGUGGUGGAUGAAGCGGACGGCGACGAGAAGGCGCCUCGCCGGAGCAGGCGGGUCACUUCCCUCGACGUGUUCCGUGGCCUCACCGUCGCUCUGAUGAUACUGGUGGAUGGCGCCGGCGGCGAGUGGCCGGUCAUCGGGCACGCGCCGUGGAACGGCUGCAACCUCGCGGACUUCGUCAUGCCCUUCUUCCUCUUCAUCGUUGGAAUGGCCAUUCCCCUCUCCCUCAAGAGAAUUCCAGACCGUGGUAGAGCUGUGAGGAGAGUAGUCAUAAGGACACUGAAGCUGCUCUUUUGGGGGAUCCUGUUGCAAGGUGGUUACUCCCAUGCUCCAGAUGAACUGACUUAUGGGGUCGACAUGAAGCACGUAAGAUGGGGUGGUAUUCUCCAGAGGAUUGCUCUUGCAUACUUGGUAGUUGCAAUCCUAGAAAUCGUAACAAAAGAUGCGAAGGUUCAGGAUCAGUCAAGUUCAGGCUUCUCUAUUUUCAGGAUGUACUUCUCCCAAUGGAUUGUUGCAUGCUGCAUUCUAGUGAUUUAUCUGUCCCUUGUUUAUGGGAUUUAUGUUCCUGACUGGGAAUUCAGAGUGCGAAAUGUUGACAGCCCAAACUACGGCAAAGUUUUGACAGUGACGUGUGGUACAAGGGGAAAAUUAAACCCUCCUUGCAAUGUAGUAGGUUACAUUGACCGCAAAGUUCUUGGCAUCAACCACAUGUACCAGAAACCAGCAUGGAGAAGGCACAGGGCCUGCACUGAUGCUUCCCCACAUGAGGGGCCUUUUAAAAACGAUGCCCCAGCAUGGUGUGUUGCGCCAUUUGAACCUGAAGGGAUACUGAGCUCACUUUCGGCGGUGUUGAGUACGAUCAUCGGGGUGCACUACGGACAUGUGCUUGUCCAUAUGAAGAGUCAUAGGAACAGGCUGAAGCAGUGGAUUACCAUGGGCAUAUCUCUUGUUGUUCUUGGAAUCAUUCUACAUUUUUCGCAUGCAAUUCCGCUUAACAAACAGCUCUACACAUUCAGUUACAUCUGCGUCACUGCUGGUGCUGCUGGCGUUGUGUUCUCCAUGCUCUACUUCUUGGUUGACAUCCUGAACCUGCGCUACCUUUUCGCGCCGCUGCAGUGGAUCGGCAUGAACGCGAUGCUGGUGUACGUGAUGGCCGCGGAAGGCAUCUUCGAGGGGUUCCUGAACGGGUGGUACUACGACGGCACCAACAACACGCUGGUUUACUGGGUGAGGAAGCAUGUGUUCGUGCGCGUGUGGCACUCCACCAGGGUCGGCAUCCUCCUCUACGUCCUCUUCGCGCAGAUCCUCUUCUGGGCUCUCGUGUCCGGGCUGCUUCACCGCGCUGGCCUCUACUGGAAGCUUUAGCGACGAUCAUACAUACAGGAUGCCUCAAAUUUGUUUAAAUCAGAUUUGCACAGGAUACCUCAAACUCAAAAUCAAAUGCGCAGUUGCAAGGAUAA